AUGACCAGAUUAUAUCCUCAAGCAUUACUCAAACAGUUUACCAACCUGUCAGUCAAGCCAAACUGGGCUUAUUAUGAUAUCAAUGCCGAGUUUAACAGCCAAGUGAAUUGGUACUUUUUUAAUAGCUCUAACCCUAUUCGCAAUGACCAAAUUGAUCUCUUGCGAAAUGUCGUACAUGAGUUCAUCCAUGGUCUUGGCUUUGUCUCUUCAUGGUCCGAUAGCUUUUAUGCCAAACUAGCACCGCUUGUGGAUGGCAUCGAUCGAUUUAUUACGCCUAUGCUUCUGACCUCUGUCAAGGAAAGCUCAACUACAAGUUAUGAUGCACCUCAGCCAUUCUGGGGCUUUGUUGAAUUUCCAUUUGACAAGCUCAUAUAUGCCAACUCAUCCAAUGCACUUUCUCCAUUCACAACAGUCACAUACCAGCUGAACCAGUUUUACGGAUCAAAUGUAACCUUCAAGAGCGCUCUUGAUUGGGCAAAUGCUUGGUAUGCCUCGGAUGCGUACAAGAUCGCGUCAAGCGCCUACAGUAGGACAGUAUCUGCAGAUAAUGUCUUGGCAGUGGUAAACAAUGUGCCGACCUUGCUACUCGAGACCUCUCUGAAUCCAUUUAGUCAGGGAUCAUCUUUGUGUCAUGUUGACCAACAGACCUAUGUUAAUUCUACCGAGUUCCUCAUGGUCUACAUGGCUGAUCGCGGCGUAUCCCUGAACAAAACAAAUCGAGGUCCCUUUGGACCGAAACUGAUUAAGGUCUUGGCUGGCCUUGGAUACAAAAUCAAUACAUCCUUCUUUAACGCGACGACCAUUCGACCUGAACUCAUUUACUGGAUGCCUCCUCAGGGACUCGUCAACACAAGUCAAAAUCCAUCUCCUUCGCUUGUGUCCUAUACAAAUGGACCAGCGCAUGCUCCCAUCACAUCUACUUCAUCUAUAUCCGUAUCACAUACUUCUUCAUCCAAUCAUCUUAUCAUCAGCUCCUGGCUAAUAUUGUUAUUAUUACUAUUUAAUGUGUUAAUGUAUUAA